AUGAGUUGGCAAGAAAAUUGCCAACGAGCGAAGCUUAGUGGCUCAAAACAAAAUUUAUCAGUAGAUUGGCCAUCGCCAAUAAGUAUAUUAGAUUCUCCUGAACGAAAACGAGCUAUGUUAUCAAAAAGUUUCGCAGAUUCUGGUCUGGGGUCAACGAUAUUCGGUACCCCUCCAGAUAAGAUCCAUAUGAAAGUUAAUGAUGUGCCACCUCUACGUACCCCAACUAAACGCCGAAAUUCUUCAGGAAGUGGCUCUGGGCUUGCGCUAUCACCACGGUCUUUCAUUCAUGUUUCUCCAUACAGUUCUUCAUUUUCUUCUAUAGUUCAACCAUCACAUGAUUAUACAAAAUCAAAAUUGUGCGAUCCUAAGAAGGCAAUAGGCUUUCGGUUCAGCGAGUCGACGAUGGAAGAUCGAUUGGAGCCAACUGAUUUAACAGCGCCUGAAUUUAUCGCUCGAAGUGAACCUAUUGCUAUUAUUGAUGAAAAUGUUCCAAAUACCUCUCGUUUUUACAAACAGUGUUUUGAAAAUUUUUCUCAUAGUCAGAAUAUUAAAGAGGAUUCAGGCUUCAUAGAUACGAGUCAUUUCAGUCUUGAAUCAUCUUCAAAUAAUCCCGAAGUGCGAUUCGAAGAUUUUCUUUCAUCAACUCUAAGAGAAGAUAGGUUAUUUUUUGGGCAUGAAGGAUUUGUCGGUGACUUUUAUUCCAUACCGGAACAGGCGAGUGGACCACUUGAAAGCAUUUUAUCUGAUGUAAACCGGUUUCCAAAUAUAAUUCUCCCUUUGAGUCCUUCCAAGGCUGCGAAUGUAUUAACAACUGAAUCACGUUCUCCUCGGAAAGCUGUACCUCAACAACAAAAGGAAUGUGUAUCAUACGUUUCUCCUUGCUUGCCAAAUAACUCAAGUGGAACUCAAAAAAAGUCAGAAAAUCUUGAUAAGACUUUUACUGAGUUUGUGCCACCGAAAAAGGAACCUAAUCCGUAUUCUCCAUCAUGGUAUGCAAUUGUGUGUGGUGGAACUCCAUGUCAGCUAGAUAUGAUGCGAAAAGCACGAGAUUUUUUGGAAUCACUUAACAAGCGUGAAAUCAAAUAA